AGAAGACGAAGACUAGGAAGGAACCGGCUUCUUGGCUACUUGGCAUGGAGAAGGAAGAAGAGGACGCGCCGGUAAAAACACGGGACAUGACAUGCGUCACACAGUGAAGCCGGUUAUGUCGCGUGUGUCACUGUGACGUUGACAUAAUCCGGUUUGAGUCUCGUGUUGUCCCUCUCUUGUCAUGGCGGACUGUGGCGGAAACUGUGACCGUAAAGACGAACAACACGACGGGACAAACGGCACAACUAUCCCCGCGGUGUCUCCGGUCCCUCGGGGUUUCUUGUCCCCACAGCAGGACCCGAGGACUAAGAAGAAACUGGUCCUGCAUGUGGACCUGAACAGCACCGUGCUGGUGUCGGACGCUGUCACGGGUCAGGGAACUGUCGCGACUCUGGACAACUUCCUGACAACCGUCACCUGGGGAAAGAUGAACAAACACGGAAAGUGGGAGUGGCUCAGCGACACGCCCUCGCUGCUGCCGCCGUGCAAAGACGCCGUCAGUUACUACAAUCAGUUCGGACACACACCUGGUUUCGCCUCCGCUCCGGGGAAACGUUUCCACGGCGUCCUGAAGGAACAUCUGGAUCUACUGCGCUGGCCUGAAGGCGCUAAGGAAGACAGUGAGCUGUGCACGAAAGGAGAGGACGGACGACUGUACCACUGGAUCGUCCCCUCCUUCUUCCAGCUGCUCAAAGACCUGGCGCAGGAGGGACGGGACUUUGCCGUCCUGUUCCGGACGUUCGGAACAGACCUACCUCGCGUGCUGAGAGCUGUGAACAGAGCGCUGAAUGAAGGAGCUCACCCGCUGUUCCCUGAUCUGCCUGAUCUGAAGUUAAGUGUGAACACGACUCCAGGAAAAAUCCGCUGCAGCAGGAAGGGAAUCGUGCUGAGUCAAGGUCAGAACCGCGUGUCCACGACGCGAGACGGAGACCGAGGCCUGUAUCAGUACCUCAGCGCGGUCCAGGGCCUGGGAGGCUUUCAGGACCACUUUGACUGGUGGGUGAGUCAUGGCCACUCCACCCGUGGAGGGAAGCCUCUGUGGGUGGACCCGUUUGACCAGGACGUCCAGCACAUCUUCAUAGACGACAACCUACGACAGGACGACGAGGACACCAUCGUUCAGCCCAAGGUUUUCACGGAGCCGCGUGGCGACCACACUCGUCCGGGCUGCAUGUCUGAGCUGCACGACCUCACUCUGGUCCAGAAUGACCUCCUCCGGGCCAUUUCUGACCCCAACUACUUCACCGAGCGCAUCCACACCUGCAUGGAGAACUACGAGAGGAACCUCCAGCAGGGGGCAGGCUAGGACCACCACAUCAUUUUCUUUAAAAUGGAAUCAUCCCAGGUGGACUGCAGACGUUUGAAGACUCGAUGAAGGACUAAAGGUCAUUUAAACUUGAAUGAAAGCAGAUUAUAUCUGUGAGAGGGUUACAUGAAUGUGUGUGUUCACAUGCACUGAGAUUUAGAAGCUGUGGCAGCUGUGUUUUAAGAAGAAGAAGAAGAAGGAGAAGAAGGAGAAGAAGUGGCUGAAACAGAUGUUGUAUGAAGUAGUGACACAGAUGCUGGGAAAAACUGAAAUCUGUGUUAUUUUGCUCACACCUGCACCAAACCCCAUAGAGAAAAUCAGCGAUUUUCCAUCACAGCACGCGGGAGUUGUCGAGCCACUGCUGCCUCCAUAAGUGUUAUUUUGUGACUUUGAUUUUCCUAAAUGACAAACUGACCAAACACAGCAGCAGCAGACCAGCAGCCUCGUGUCCCUGUGAGCUGAAAACACUGACUUUCACAAACAUCUGAUUCCAAUCGCAAAAGUCUGUCUAUUGUAACAUCCCUGUUGCUAAAUAAUGGGAGUAAAAGGAACUAAAAUAAUAUGAAGUGGUUUUAAUCUGUAAAUGGAGAAUAUUCUGUGGGGAUUUACUCUUUGUACUGAAGGUCUGAACACAUCAAAACUUGAAAUAUUGAAUUUAUUUCUGUCAUCAUUGAAUAAAAUGGUCCCAGUUUUUGUCUUAAACCA